UUUUUAUCUAAUUUUUUUCUUCUUUUUUGGCAGUUGCAAUUUGGUGUGGAUGAGUCAUAUCGAUUGUCCGUUCCGGCUUCAGGAAGUCCAAUCUAUGCUGAAAUUGAGACAUUUAGCCAGUUAUGCCAUUUUAAUAUCACAACAAGGAUAGUCGAAAUUCAUAAUGCUCCAUGGACCAUAGCUGAUCAACCAAGGUUCUCGUAUCGGGGACUUUUAAUUGAUACUUCUCGUCAUUAUCAGCCUUUACGAAUGAUAAAGGGUGUGAUCGAUGGUAUGGCUUUCUCAAAAUUGAAUGUUCUGCACUGGCACAUUGUAGAUACACAAUCAUUCCCUCUUGAGAUACCUUCAUAUCCAAAACUGUGGGAAGGUGCAUAUUCUCCUUCAGAGCGGUAUACAAUGUCUGAUGCAAAACAGAUUGUUGAGUAUGCUCAGAGACGAGGUGUUCAUGUAUUGGCAGAAAUUGAUGUACCUGGACAUGCUCUCUCAUGGGGUAUUGGCUAUCCAUCAUUAUGGCCAUCAUCAGAUUGUCAACAGCCACUUGAUGUCAGUAAUGAAUUUACAUUUAAAGUAAUAGACAGCAUUUUGUCAGAUUUCAGUAAGGUCUUCAACUUUAAGUUUGUGCAUUUGGGAGGUGACGAAGUUGACAACAGUUGCUGGUUGACGACACCCCAUGUGAGGCAAUGGUUGAACCGGCAUGGUUUGAACGAGUCUGAUGCUUAUAAAUACUUUGUCUUACGUGCACAGAAGAUAGCAAUUUCCCAUGGAUAUGAUGUCAUCAAUUGGGAAGAGACAUUCAACAGCUUCGGCAAAGACCUAAGCCCAAGAACAGUAGUGCAUAACUGGCUUGGUGGAGAUGUUGCUCCUAAGGUUGUGGCAGCUGGGUUAAGGUGCAUAGUGAGCAAUCAAGAUAUGUGGUAUUUGGACCACCUUGACACCACAUGGCAGAAGUUUUACAUGAAUGAGCCUUUUACAAACAUCACUGACCCGAAACAACAGGCUUUGGUCAUUGGCGGUGAGGUUUGCAUGUGGGGUGAGCAUGUGGAUGCCUCCGAUUUUGAACAAACCAUCUGGCCUCGUGCUGCAGCCGCUGCAGAACGCAUGUGGACUCCAUUAAACAAAUUGGCGAAGAACCCAAGAACGGUAACUGGAAGGUUGGCUCACUUUCGGUGUCUGCUCAACCAGAGAGGAGUGGCCGCUGCCCCCUUGGCUGGACCAGGAAGAGUUGCACCACUAUAUCCUGCCUCAUGUUACAGCCAAUAAUUUGACCUUUGUUGGGGUCUUUUCUAUUUAAAAUUUUUGGGUUUGGAACUACGACCUUGUGGGUCAGAUUUUCGGCAAGCAUUCGAAUAGUGGGUCAGAUAUCUGGCAAGGGUGUGGGGUCAUGAGUUGGGAGAUUUUAAUUUUUUUGAUGGCUGAAAACUAAGGUUUUUAAGGGGAUAAACCAAGGUUUGGCACCUGUAAGACGCAGUGAUAUUAUGGCUGUGAAUUCUAUUUUAAGUUAAA